AUGUUUUGCAGAGGGCUUCUUCUUCUCGGUGUCCACCUGUGUGUGGCUGUGGUCUCAGUUCAAAGCCAGGGGUCUCAACAGGACAAUUUCAUAAUACAGUAUUUGGAGCGCAGACUGGCACAGAUAGAGGAGCGUUUGACCCAAUGUGAACAAAGCAGCACGAUGGCUACACAAAAAAUCUAUGAGCUUUCCUUAGAGGUGCGAAGCCACAUGUCCACUCUUAGUGGGUUUCGAUCUGAGGUAAAAACUCAAGUGGAAAGUGUCUCCACUCGGAUGGAACGUGUGGAGAGGGAGAUGGAAUAUCUGGAGAACAAGAUUCCCGCUCAGUCGGACAUCGAGAUGGAGGAGGCUCUGUUGGAGCAACAGAUCAGAGACAUGGAGCAGGAGCUGAAGCAGAAGGCCAAGAUUAUGGAGAAUGACUGUAACACAGUACUAAGCCAAAUAAAAUCUCUGAAGAUUGUAAAGAAAGCAGGAGACACUUCUGGAUCCUGGUUUAAAGACCCGUCAGAGGGGUCAAAUAAGGUGUACCUGAUGAGUGGAAUCCGUAACAAUACUAUGCGCGAGUAUGUUUCUCUGAAGAGCUUCACAGAAAAGGACAUGGGUUCAGCGGCUAAAGAGCUGCAGCUUCCAUUCCACUGGCAGGGCACAGGGCAGCUCGUCUACAAGGGCUUCCUCUAUAUGCACAAAGCAGACACACCAAAUCAGAUACUGAAGGUGAAUUUGCUGAAUUGCACGGUGGUGGACAGUACUUUACUUCCUGGAGCAGGUCAGAUCCCAGUCUAUAGUCUAAAUCCAAACACAUACAUGGACUUUGCUGUUGAUGAGCUGGGAUUAUGGGUCAUCCACGCUGAUUCUGAGUAUGAAGGAAAUCUUGUCAUUACUAAACUAGAUCAAGUGAGUCUGGCUGUAGACUUUACAUGGGACACUCAGUGUAAAAGCCGUGACGCUGAAGGAGCCUUCCUCAUUUGUGGGACUCUGUAUGUGGUCUACAACACACGCUACGGAGGACGCUCCACCGUGCAAUGUCUUUUUGAUAUUCAUGAUACGAUUCACAGCAACGAGAGUCCUGUGAUGUUCUUCCCAAAGAGGUACACAAGCCACAGCAGCAUCCACUACAAUCCAAAAGACAAACAGCUAUACGCCUGGGAUGACGGAUACCAGACUAUUUACAAAGUGGAGAUACACAAUAAUGAAGAAGUCACAGCACAAUGA